AUGUGGCUCGCUUUACGUGACGCUUUCUUGCCGUCCUUCGGUUUCUUUCCAUCGCCUGCCACCUCGUCCACUGUUCCACGCCGUCUCUCUCUCUCUCUCUCUCACUCUCUCUGCGUCCAACGGCGGAUAUCUCGUCUAUCGAAUGCCGCCAUUUCUGUAGUCACGUGGGCGAUUAUGGCCGCUGCCAAACAGUCUAGUCCAAUUCCGACGCUGACAGGAAAUAUCAACGCAAUAAUUAACGAAGAUGUGUACCACAGAUUAAUAUCUAUCGCAGUUGAUAAAUUAACACCUACGGAAAACACACUCAUGAGCACACAUACAAUAUCGUAUCUAUCUAUCUAUCUAUCUAUCUAUCUAUCUAUCUAUCUAUCUAUCUAUCUAUUACACUUUUCUGCUCGUAUCUAUCUAUCUAUCUAUCUAUCUAUCUAUCUAUCUCAGUUUGUUCGUAUGUAUCUCAGUCUGUUCGCAUCUAUCUGUCUCAUCUUUUUUCUAUCUAUCUAUCUAUCUAUCUCAAUCUGUCUAGCUAUCUAUCUAUCUAUCUAG